AUGGUAAAUAAUUGGUCAAUUCGAGAGCAAUUGAAUGUUUAUGAUCCACUUUCGGGUAUUCCAACAUGGAUCACUGAUGGGAAUGUCUGCUUAAGAGGCAAGGCAAUUGAAUUUUCACCUGGGACUCAGAUCUAUACUCUCUCAGCAGUGUGUGCUUCUUCUUUUUCACCUGAUAGAACCAUGACCAUCAAGACAGGACCUGAACACUCCAUCACUGUUUUCCAAAUCAACAAGUCUCUCCGUUGCAUUUCUCACCAUCCAACUUUGACGCCUUAUCGCCGUCGCGUUUACUGUACUCUCCUCUCCAUCCCUCCCGGCCGCUGGACUACAUACUCCGCCCUGGCCACAUAUCUAGGCUCGUCCGCGCGAGCCGUCGGGAACGCCAUGCGCACAAACCCGCUUGCGCCAGAGGUACCGUGCCAUCGAGUGCUGGCGGUAGAUAGGUCCCUGUGCGGGUAUAAGGGGAUGUGGUCUGGGGGCCGUCGUGGUAAUCUUGAGGAGAAGAGGAGGCUUCUGGAGACAGAAGGGGUAGAGUUUGGUACAGACGGAAAAGCUAGGGGAGUUUGUUUUGAGGAGUUCCAGGAUUUGGGCAGCAGGAGGAACGGAUAG